UCAUUGGCUUCCUAAAGAGUAAGUGAAAGGGAUACUUUUCAAAGCAAUUUGUAAAAAUAACCUCUUGUAUCUGCUCAUACACAUAGUCAUGAGAAGCCUACUCAGCUCAUGAUUCAGCCUAUGGCGUCACCCAGCAACAGCUCCACUGUCCCAGUCUCUGAAUUCCUCCUCAUCUGCUUCCCCAACUUCCAGAGUUGGCAGCACUGGCUCUCCCUGCCCCUCAGCCUUCUCUUCCUCCUGGCCAUGGGAGCUAACACCACCCUCCUGAUCACCAUCCAGCUGGAGGCCUCUCUGCACCAGCCCCUGUACUACCUGCUCAGCCUCCUCUCCCUGCUGGACAUCGUGCUCUGCCUCACCGUCAUCCCCAAGGUCCUGGCCAUCUUCUGGUUUGAUCUUAGGUCGAUCAGCUUCCCUGCCUGCUUCCUCCAGAUGUUCAUCAUGAACAGUUUCCUCCCCAUGGAGUCCUGCACGUUUAUGGUCAUGGCCUAUGACCGUUAUGUGGCCAUCUGCCACCCACUGCGGUACCCAUCCAUCAUCACUAAUCAAUUUGUGGCCAAAGCUAGUGUCUUCAUUGUGGUGCGGAAUGCGCUUCUUACUGCACCCAUUCCUAUCCUCACUUCCCUGCUCCAUUACUGUGGGAAAAAUGUCAUUGAGAACUGCAUCUGUGCCAACUUGUCUGUGUCCAGGCUCUCCUGUGAUAAUUUCACCCUUAACAGAAUCUACCAAUUUGUGGCUGGUUGGACCUUGCUGGGCUCAGAUUUAUUCCUCAUCUUCCUCUCUUACACCUUCAUUCUAAGAGCUGUGCUUAGAUUCAAAGCAGAGGGGGCGGCAGUGAAGGCCCUGAGCACAUGUGGCUCCCACUUCAUCCUCAUUCUUUUUUUCAGCACCAUACUGCUGGUUGUGGUGUUGACAAAUGUGGCCAGAAAGAAGGUCCCCAUGGACAUCCUGAUCCUGCUGAACGUCCUUCAUCACCUUAUUCCUCCUGCAUUGAACCCUAUUGUGUAUGGGGUUCGGACCAAAGAGAUAAAACAGGGAAUUCAGAAGUUACUGCAGAGAGGGAGGUGAAUAUGUAAAACAUUUCUAAUACCUCCUGUUCUUCCUCU